CCCGCCGGCAUUAUUCCCUUCCUCCUCUUGUUUUUUCCUGCUACUUGUCCUACUAGCUAGCUCCUCCUCCUCCCCACCACCCUGAUCGAUGAUGCGCCAAGCAUGGUCCACCUCUCCCUCUCCAUGACUCCCUCCGGCCACGGCUAUAAAUAGCAGCCCUUCCCACACCUCCUCCUCCUCUCAUCAGCUCAGCACACAGCAGCAGCAUCUUCCCUAGCUAUAGGCUAUAUAGCGAGCUAGCUUAGCUUCCUUCCUCUCGAGCAAGCUCCAGAAAAGCUACGGAAUGGCGUCGAUGCAGUCGAUGACGAGCGCAGCGGCGCGCGCGCAGUGGACGCCGAAGCAGAACAAGCUGUUCGAGCAGGCGCUGGCCGUUUACGACAAGGACACGCCGGACCGGUGGCACAACAUCGCCCGCGCCGUCGGCGGCGGCAAGUCCGCCGAGGACGUCAGGCGCUACUACGACCUGCUGGAGGAGGACGUCGGCCACAUCGAGUCCGGCAAGGUGCCCUUCCCGGCCUACCGCUGCGCCACCGGCUACGGGGCCGCCUGACAUGCAGGCUGAAACAUCUGAAGAUCUCCGGAGAUGAUGAACAUAAUAGGACGAACGAUCGAUGAUCCAGAAGAUACAAACAUGUGUGUAUAUAGGAUUAAUGGGACAGCAUGCAUGCAAUGGUCCAAGCUGCAACUGCAAGUAGUGAUGUGAAAGCAAAAAUCAGAUUGGAUGCAUGCAUAUGCAUGUGUUAAUUAAUAAUAAUAAAUUUUAGUAUGGGGUGAGUACUAGACAGUCACGCGAGAUCGACCGACCCAUCUAUCUCCCAUGCAUGCAUGCAUGCAAGCUUGUGUUCUCUCUCCCUACUUGUCAACUUGUGUGUGUAUAUUAUGUACUAUUAUUGUAAUUAUAUAUAUGCUACUAUAAUCGCAUCUGUGUAGCAUACCAAUCAAAGAAGCCAGAACUUGAUACUA